AUGGAGCUGAAGGUGUGGGUGGAGGGCGUGGUCAGGGUGGUGUGCGGCCUAUCGCUGGAGACUUCCUGUCAGGAUGUGGUCAUCGCCCUCGCACAGGCUAUUGGUAGGUAAUUUCCUUUGUUGUUCAUUCAUUUCAAAGCUUUUGAGCACAGUUUAUCAGCUUAUUCCCUCCAAUCUCACUCCUGCCUUGGUGUGUUUUUUCCACAGGUCAGACGGGUCGCUAUGUUCUCAUCAAGAAGCUACGAGGCACAGAGAUGCAGCUUGUGGCUGAUGACUGUCCCUUAGAGUCUCUGUCCUAUCUGGGUCAGCUGGCCAACGAGGUCCAGUUCAUCUUGCGUCGUACGGGCCCCUCCAGCACUGACGGACCUAACAGACCCACCCUGGAUAGGGUCCAUCCUUUGCCCAGGCACCCUACACCCGUGCCCCACAGAUGCCGAGAGCCGAAGAAGGCCCUCACCUUCAACCUUGGUCCUUCUACAAUCCCCAGAAGGACUAAAGCUAACAAGGCCUGGUCACCUAGUCCAAGAGCCUCACCAGAGCCCAGGGCCUCGCCUGUUCCGUCCCUGGUCUCCCCUUCCCCCACCGCCUCCCCUCCCUCGCUCUCCUUGUUCGACGCGUCCAAGGAGGUGGUCUUCAGGCAGGUGCUGCAGCAGCAGGAGAUUCUACAGGACCUGGAGGCCCAGCUGGUGGCUUUGGAAAGGGAUGCAGAGGUGUGGGAGUUGGGGAGGCCUGUAACUCCUGUCCCAGGCCUGACUCCGGGCCUAGUGGAGGAGCUGGAUGUGCUGGAGACAAGGCUGAGGCAGAAUGAGGCAGAGCUGAUGCAUGGGGAGUACUGGGAGGAGCAGAUGCAGCAAGAGAAGGACAAGGAGCAGGGUAUGUAGUCCAUUCAAUUCAAGUCACUUCAAUACAACUAUCAAUCCCCUCAGGGGCAAUUUAGAAGGCAUAUCCUAGGAUAUCAGUAUAUGUUACACAUCUCCUACACAAGUAACUUAUGCAGCAAUACCGUGUGUAAUGUAGGAAUAUGUAGGCCUACACUCAUAUACAGUAGGACCAUCCAGGAACUAAAUCCGAGUUGUAUUGGCCGUACAGAUAUGCACGGACGUCUGCCCCAACUCUACGCCUCUAUGGAUGAAUACAGCUUCCGGCUCAAGGACCUCCAGACCCAUUCAUCCAGGCUGGGGCAGGACUUUCGGGUCGAAUCCCACAGACGGAACUCUCGUCCAGGCACCCCGCAGCCAGAGGAGGCCCUGGGACCACUGAGGGAGGAGCUACACAAUCGGCUUCAGCAGGGGGUGGAGCUGGACAUGUCAUUGACAGAGACGGAGAAAGCAUUGCAGGCUGCAGAAUUACAGUUGCAGGUACAGUUUAAUACAUAACAACUUACUGAGUUUUUCCUGAGAUCUGACUACUUCAUAGUUCCUACUAUGGAUGCCUUAUGUUACAGCUCAAUAAAGAUCCCAAUGGGAAUUGAACCAUUUCCCUUGUCUCGCCAAUAAAUCCCUCUUACGUGGAAAGUCUAACCUGUCCAAUUGUGUUAGAUCAAAGAUUACUAGCCUACACUCUUAUAAAAAAGGGUUCCAAAAGGGUACUUCAGCUGUCCCCAUAGGAGACCCAUUUUUUGGUUCCAGGUAAAACCCUUUUUUGGUUCCAGGUAGAACCCUUUUGGGUUUAAUGUAAAACCCAAAGGGUUCUACAUGGGACCCAAAAGGGUUCUACUUGGAACUAAAAGGGUUCUACCUGGAACCAAACAGGGUUCUUCAAAGGGUUCUCCUAUGGGGACAGCCGAAUAACCCUUUUAGAUUCUAAAUAGCACCUUAUUUUCUAAGAGUGUACUGAUGCUCUCACAAUGAAUAGGAUAUACAAUACCCAACUGGUCUAUCUUUCACUCCAUACAAAUGCCAUAAUGCCAUGUACAUGCAUUUUUUGUAAUCUCGCCCCACUGAAAUACAGAUUUUCAUCCUACACUCUUAGAAAAAAGGGUUCCAAAAGGGUACUUUGGCUGUCCCCAUAGGAGAACCCUUUUUGGUUCCAGGUAGAACCAUUUUUGGUUCCAGGUAUAACUAUUUCGGUUUACAUGUAGAACCCUCUUGGGCAAGGGUUCUAUAUGGAACCCAAUAGGGUUCUACCUGGAACCAAACAUAGUUCUUCAAAGGGUUCUCCUAUGGAACCCUUUUAGGUUCUAGAUAGCACCUAUUUUUCUAAGAGUGCAGUGUUCAGACUAUAAACCCUUCAUUGUGUUCAAUGCCACAGAAUAACUGACAAAGUCAAACUCACUGCUAAACGUCUCACAAGAGCUAAACCCAGCGAAAGCAACCUAGGAUAGACCUUUGUUUGACGAUGGUUGUAUCAGGUUCUAUAGAACUUGUUUGGGGAUUAUUCUGUAUAUCUGACACUGUAAACCCAGUGGGAGUGCAUUGUAUAACGCGGCAGCCUGGGGGUUAACUGUAUUCUGUCAUAGCAGGUUAGCAAUGAAGAAGAGUUAUUGAGCUUGAGAGGACACCCGUAGAAUACACCUGUGCUGUCUACCCAGAGAUGGAAACUUGCCUUUGGCUUCCUGUGUUAAUAAUAGAAUAGCUGCCUUUCCCUACGCUUCCUUAUGGGCCUGUUUCCCAGACAAAUUAAGACUAGUCCUGGACUAAAACAUUAUUUCAAUGGACAUUUUCCAUUGAGCAUGCUUUUUAGUGCAGGACUAGGCUUAAUCUGUGUCUGGGAAACUGGCCCUAUCAGUAUUUUGGAUGCUCAUCCUCCCCUGAAUCUUUGGUUUAAUAUUCCCCCAUGUGUCUACAACCCUCAUUACCAGACUAGUAUCAGAUGAGAUCCUACUACAUUAUCAUCAUUUUCACAAUUUUAGAGUGUUAUUUCGACCUCAUAGUGUGGCAACAUCAUAUAAAGAAAUCAGGAAAAUCAUGUUUUUAACUGCACUGCCCCUUUUACAAUAAAGUUUACAUGAAAUGGUCUAUGUUUGACACUGAAAUAACAUGACAUCUUGUCCUUUCCCUCCAGGAGAGUUGUCAGGAGCUGGAGGAGCUGAACAAGGAGCUGAGGCAGUGUAACCUGCAGCAGUUCAUCCUGCAGACGGGUGUUCCGCCUACCCCCUCUUACUCAGACCUCCCCCUCCCCAACCAGACACACCCCCACCUCCACCCCAUCGCCAUGCCUUACCUCUGCAUAGCAGGACUACUGGAGGAUGACCAGACUGACACUGUGACUGUAUGCUAG